UCUUUCCCUCCCUCGGUUUCUCUCACUCUCUCUCACAGCUCAGCAUCUCCUCUUUCCCGAUGCAUAAAUCCACCGUUCUGAUGCUCCACAGAGACAUCAUCCAAUCCAUCUGAGCAACUUGUAGGAAGGAUUUGAGUCACAGCUCCUGCGAGAGCCUGCUUUAAAAAUGGCACCCAGAUUAGCAGUGCAAUGAUUUGGACCAGAGUCACAGCAGGGAUGAAUGUGUCUGAUGGGUCCUCCCACCAGGAGGAGGAGCUACUGGGUAACUCCACCUGGGCCUACUCCUACUACUAUCAAAACUACACUGUGGCCACUCCACUGCUUCCAGACAAGACCAGCACCUCCAAACCUGCAGCAUGUGAACAGGUCCACAUCGCUGUGGAGGUCUUUUUGAUCCUGGGUAUCAUCUCCUUACUGGAGAACAUCUUGGUUAUCACAGCCAUAGUGAAGAACAAGAACCUUCACUCUCCCAUGUACUUCUUUGUAUGUAGCCUGGCAGUCGCUGACAUGCUGGUGAGUGUGUCCAACGCCUGGGAGACCAUCAUCAUUUACCUCCUCAACAACAGACAGCUGGUGGUGGAGGACCACUUCAUCCGGCAGAUGGACAACGUGUUUGACUCCAUGAUCUGCAUCUCUGUCGUUGCAUCCAUGUGUAGCCUGCUGGCUAUCGCUGUGGACAGGUAUGUCACCAUCUUCUACGCACUAAGGUACCACAACAUCAUGACAGUGAGGAGAGCCGGCUGCAUCAUCGGAGGCAUUUGGACCUUCUGCACCGGUUGUGGGAUCGUCUUCAUCAUCUACUCAGACACCACUCCUGUCAUUAUCUGCCUGGUUUCGAUGUUCUUCGCCAUGCUACUCAUCAUGGCCUCCCUCUACAGCCACAUGUUCAUGCUAGCCCGCUCACACGUCAAGCGCAUCGCUGCCCUGCCCGGCUACAACUCCAUCCACCAGCGGACCAGCAUGAAGGGGGCCAUCACGCUCACCAUCCUCCUGGGAAUCUUCAUCGUCUGCUGGGCUCCCUUUUUCCUCCACCUGAUCCUGAUGAUCUCCUGCCCUCGAAACCUCUACUGUGUUUGCUUUAUGUCCCACUUCAACAUGUACCUCAUCCUCAUCAUGUGCAACUCAGUGAUCGACCCGCUCAUCUACGCCUUCAGGAGUCAGGAGAUGAGGAAGACUUUUAAGGAGAUCAUCUGUUGUUACAGUUUGAGGAACGCCUGCACCAACAUCUGUGCUCUGACCGGUAAGUACUGAGAAAUACACACCGAGAAGACCGAUGACAGCGCAGCAUGAAGUGAGUGAAUCUGACACUGGAGCAUAAAUAUGGGAGAUUGAAGAUACACUACCCAAGGACUGCAGUUUUCAGUCAAUAAAGUGUGCAGUCACAUUUUUGUGUUCUGUCCAGUAGCUAUUGAAAAAUAAGAGCUGGAAAAAAAAUUGGACUGGAACAAUAAACUUUCUGCUAAUGCAUCCACCCCAUACACAAAGAGACUCCUUUAUUAGGUGCAUUUGAGCACCUUGCCAGCACCAUCUGAAGUCGUGAUUCAUCUGAAAGUACGUCACAGAGGCCUGUUUGGGGCCUGCUUUUCAUUUCCACCGACAUUUCUUUUAUCCCUUUUUCUUUAGCGUUCUUUUAAAUCAGUGACAUUAUUAUUAUUGGCAACCAGAAUAUCAUGGUAGCCAAAUCAAUAACAGGACACCUUUUUUUCACUAUCUUCAUUUGUGAAAGUGCUUACAUACUUGCUUUUAAUUACACAUGAUGGCUACUCCACAUACGCAGUGUUGCCUUACAGCUGGUGCAGAUUCUUUGAAAUUAACAGAACGCAUAAAUGAAUCGUUGAAAAAGAGAAGUUAGUAAGAGAUAAGGAAGGUUUUGAAAUGAAGUCAGAUCUUGUCUGUAAUUACCAACGUUUAAAUGAUGUAUUUUGCUGUUCCUGCUUUUUUCCCCUGAUCAUUGCAACUUUAAAUAAGGACUUCCAUGAUUUUACACAUCAAAGUCUGUUUUCAGAUGCUGGCGAGAACUACUGCAUAUGUGAAGAAGGUUUUAUUAAGCUUUUUGUAUCUGCAGAGCGUCAGAGUAUCUGCAAACUCUUUAAUAUCAAAUUCAAUGCUUUUAAAGACUCUUUUAACACUUCAACUGAGAAAAUGUAUUACCAUUUCUAGUAGAAAGAAAUGUGUGUUUGAGCUAGGUGAUAUAUUUAAAAUGAGUCACAAUAAUAAUGAGGCUUUUAUAAUACUGGAUGCAAAAUGACACAUAAAACUCACAAAACACAGUAAUUAUUAAGAGAGAACUAUAGUUUAAAAUAUCAAGCAUCCUGUAUAUGUCCUUAGUUUAAAAUCAUCUGUAUUAUUUCUUUAUUUCCUGAAUCAUCUUACCUUGAGGGACUAUAAUUUAUAUAAUGGGACUGUGGUUCUUUUAUCAAGAAUCCUGUAUCUGUAUUCCACUUUGCAUCAUUCAUAUUAUUCCAGUACAGUGUAGAAAAACUUACAUGAAAUGAGGACAAAAACAGCCAACUUAUUUUUUCAUUUCAACACAUGAUUUUGCCUGAGACUCAUUAUCAUCUCAGUAUGUAAGAUCUUUCAUAGUCAGGAGUCAGAGAGACAAUUUAGGUGGACGUUUAAAGGAUCCUUCAACACAAUGGACAAACUUCCUCAAGUGAUGCCACUUGAGUCAAGGGCAAAAACGAACAACUUCUGUAGCCAAAUCUUCAUCUUUGCUCAAGGCUAGAAACUGACGGCUACAUUAGCUGCUUCUUGCAUGAAAAACCUCAGUCUGAACCGACAUCCUUAGAUUAAAGUGUGAUCACCAGGCAACCAUCUUGGUAACAAAUCCUGGCAGUUAUUUUGUGCUCCAAAAUCUGGUUUAUAAAGCACUUUUUCCUGCAGGUUAAACUUCUACGUAGAUAGUGUCUAUAUAUAUAUAUAUAUAUAUAUAUAUAUAUAUAUAUAUAGUGUCUCAAGACACUGUGUUUGCAUCUGUGCAACAAAAUGAUUGGCUGGAUGUUCACCGGUUCGACUGUGACAAGGUCAACUUUUUGCAGCGAGGGGUGGGACGUGUGUCAAACAACAACCGUCAUUCUUUCAUUGAUUUCUAUUCAUGAUUCUUUAAGUGGUGAUUCUCUACCGUAUAGUCUCUGGCCUGAACUCCAGUCAUGUUGCAAGAGGGAAAUGUUUUUAAUAUUUGACACAGAAAAGGAAUGUGAAAUAUAAAAAAAAACAGAUCUACAUCUCAAUGAAUAGAAAGUACUUUUUAGAAUAAUAAUAAUACAUUUUAUUUGUAAUACACCUUUCAUUUCAGAAAAAUCUCAAAGUGGUACAUUAAAGAUAAAAAAGGCUAAAACCAAAACAAACAGGUAAAAGAAAAACAAGAAAUAAAAAUUCCAGGGACAUGUUUAAUUAAAAGCAUUGUUUAAGAGAAACGUCUUUAGCCUUUUUUUUUUUUUUUUAAAAACAUCCACUAUCUGUGGAGCUCUCAGGUGAUCAGGGGGGGAGUUCCACAUGUGAGGGGCGGCUGAAUGGAAGGCUCGGUCUCCCAUGGUCCAGGAUCCUAGCCGCACUGUUUUUGAAUGUAUUGGAGUUUUUGCAGCCUCUUGCUAGAGAUCCCGAUGAGCAGUGGGUGGCAGCAGUCCAGCCUGGAGGAAACAAAGGCGUGGACGAGUUUCUCUUUAUCAGAAAGGGUGGGACAGAGUUUGGUAGCAUUUCUGAGGUAGAAAAACAAAGACUUCUAAUCUCCACAUUAGCGAAGCACUUUUUAAAAAAAUUAAGUGCACACAAAGAACUCAGACAGGUACAUAAACACUGGAAACAAACCAAUAUGGGAAAAAAGAGUGCAUACACUCUGUGAAAUAAAACAGCAAAGUCAAUCAAAUAUGUGCUUGGUCACAGAGAUUACUUUGUAGUGUAAAGGCUUACUGAGCCGUGAAGGAACAUGCAACCAUCAUAGACUGUAUAUAUAGUGGACGUAGCAUCUGGCUCCAAAACUGAAGCCAACCCGGAAGUGUCAAAAACUUGCAAUAUCACGCCGUCCGCUAGGGUUGGCUCCAAAAAGCUUUUUCUCCAUAGACCCCAAUUCAUUUUUGGAAAAAAUAAAAUUUGAUAGACUGAUUUUCUACGGCUCAGGAUUUUUUUCCCGUUAGUUUUCAUGGUCAAAAUGAGAGAUCAGGUGGCCGAUCUUAAAAUAAAUCAAUACUGAAUUUUAAAUAAAUCGUUAAAGUUGGCGGAGCCAGGGGGCGUGGCUAUACUUGAUAGACAGCAACAGAAGCCUCUGCGGUAAAAUGUGGGCGGGAUAAGAGAGUCCUCAGCCAAUCCUGCCCCCAGUUGCUCUCCGGUCCAGUCUGUUUGAUGACGCUUUUUAUGUCACUGACUCCAAAAAAAUCCAAAACGGCGACCAGGAAGUAGCAAAAUCCGGGCUUCAUUUUCUCGGCGUUGAAACCAACAGGUGACGUCAUGGUUAGGUUACGCCUGGCAACCAUCAAAGACGUCAUGUGGAUUAAAAAAAGACUAUAACAUGCACCUUUAGCAUGGAACAUUGCUGUUUGUCUGUAGCUGUAUUUUCCAGUGUUGUUUUCCUCAUAACUAUUGCCAUGAUCUUUGGCUACUGUUUGAGUUUUUGUGCCUAAACCUAAACAAACCUCAGCCAUCACAGUGGCAGGUCAAACACUGUCCGUUGUUUAGGGAGUCACACACACAAAUUAUGUUGUUCUGUGAAUAAGAAAAUUGCGCUGAAGGAAAAGACACAAUGUGAAUUCUUAAAUGGUUAUAAAUAUGAUUUGGGUGUUGACCAGAUGUUUGAGGGGAUUGUCAACUGGGAUGAAACAAGAUCACAUUGAAGCCUUGAGAGAAAAAGAUAAUGGAGAUGGGAUGCAGAGAGUGUCACCCCAAGCUGGAAAAAUAAAGGAAGGAAAGUUAACUAUUUGUUCUAAAGAAUUACAGCAGGAUGACAGAGAGGGAUGGUGGGUGGUACUAUAGCUCAUUUGCUUUACUCCAGCUGAAUAUAGUCCUUGAAUGUAAAGUAGCGCACCUGAAAAGCAGCUGGCUCUAUCUGUGAAUAAACAAACACUUUCAGCAGCUGAAAGAAUGAUCACAACACUAAUAUGUUGGCCCCCAAUACUCCACAGCUGCCCAAAACAGGACUGUGAGAGUCAUUCAUGGGUGUUUUAGUACAAGAACACACUGCAAAUGCUUCUGGAAAUGUGAGGUCACCUCCCUCCACGAUAUUGUAUUUGUGUUGUUAUUGUUGUUUAUGCCCCUUUCUGACUGUCAGAGACUUAAAAAUCUGUGCAGCCAAUACACAAUUCUUUGAACAUUUCUGCCCAACUUCAGGUUUGUUUUCUUUCAGCAGGCAAAAUGACAAACUGCCUGGGACUGCCUCUCACAUUACAGCCACUGUUAAAAAGCAAGUAAAUGAGCACAGACAGACAAGCACAAAAAUACAAUUCUGUGUAGAAUAAAAGAAGACAGAAAAGAACACCAGCCUCCGCAUCUCCAAGGUCUUUUCCUCAUAGUAUGUGAUCCAAGUUUUAUCUAAUCCAAGCUGGUUAUCUUUCAACUGAUUUAUGUAAUUGUCUGACUGAAGCAGUGGAUCAUGUGUUUAUAACUCAAACAACCUGAGAAACCAUCAUUUGUCUAUGGCCUCAGACAUGCUGUACAUUAUCUUGUUUGUUAUCGUCAGCAGGGAAAAGUUGUCUGCUUGCUGAACUUUCUGAUGGCAUCCUCUGCCAAUUUUCUGUGUGCCCUGCUGCUGCAUUAUUGCCACAGUAAACAAGCAUCCUCAAAUCUGCCGGUGUUCAGUAGCACAGCAGAUCCUGCUAUGAUUUGAAUGUGAAGUCACGCUCUCUCUGUUCUGUCCAUGUGCUCUCGUCAUAUUGCCUCUCUGCCUAAACUGUGUUAAAUUAUGUAAAGAUGCCAUGAGGUCACAUAUAAAAUGUAUAAAUGAAUGUACAAAUUGCUUUAUAGUGCUCUCUGUAGGUGUGUGUUGGUGGUGCCUUCCUCCCAACUGAGAUGUUUGACAGAUUUUUAAUGCAACAUGUGACACAUCACUGCUGCAUGGUGGAUGGUUACAAAAAAAACAAGUUCAUAUUUAUUGCAAAAGCAAGAGCAAACCAUUUGUAUUGUUGGUGUUCUCAGGCUUUUUGCACAUAAAAAUGUCUGUACAGCAAACAUAAAGAAAACUGUGUUCAAAGGAAGCUACUCUCUGUUCUGUGGUGUAAUUGCCUUAUUGUGGCUUCCUUUAAAGUUUAUUGUGAAGUCUUUGAAUAAGUGAGAUCAAAAGAAGAGCAUAUGAAUAUGCUCACAAAUGUACAAAACAAGGAAAAGUACUUUUGUUCAAACUGAUUGAUAUACAUUGAAUAUAUUUGUUUUUCUUUAUUAAAUGAAGAGAAGACGUCACAUUUGUUCACUGUGCAUUCACCGCCAACACAGCAUAUCUGUGCAAUUAUGCAAAAUGAUUCAUUGUUACUGACUGUACAGUACUCAGUUCUUGUUCCCACAGAAACAGCAGCACUAAACACUGCAUGUGAUGUUACACUGGACAGAGAUUAAGUCCCCAUCAUGGCUGCUGAUUGCAUGCUAAGUAAUUUGCGUACGUGCAGUGAGAGGAUAUUACAAGCUGUGGGGACACGUUUCAGCUAAUCAGUUGGUGGUAUGAAGGAAUUUAAAUGUGCGCUCCACUUGAAAUGACAGAUGUUUGUGUUGGCUACGUGGCUUAAGGUGUAUUAUUUUAUUUAAAAGUGUCUGAAUAAAAGCAAAUGAUGAAACAGA